AUGUCACAAAUUCAUAAUAAAGAUAAAAUGAAUGGAAUAAGCUUGCAAUUAGAACUCUUAGCUAACAUACACGAACUCACAAUAAGGAUAAGGUGGAAUCAUGACUCAAAGAACAUUGCCAACAACAACAAUAAUAAUACUAAUGAUGAUGGUGAUGAUGAUGAUGAUGAAAAGUUAAUAAUUAAUAAUUUGAAUAAUAUUUUUUAUGAGCAUUAUGGGAUUUUGAAUGAUCCAAAUUUUAUAGAAAAUUAUGAAUAUUUAAAUGAUGAAAUGAGACAUGCUUUAAUUAAUUCAAAUAACUAUACUUUCGAAACCUCAAAUAUAGAUUAUAAAAAAUCUUAUAGUGGUAGACAGAAUUGUGAUAAUGAUGAUGAUGAUGGUUUUGCAAAAUGGAAGUACGAUACAGUAAUUAAAUGUCAAUUCAAAAAUAAAUCUUUAUUAGACUCAUUAUUAGUUGAAAUUGAGCAACUAUUGAAUGGGGCAGGGAAAACAAUUAUAGAUAAAUGGUCAAUAUCAACAAAUCAUCAUGCCUUGAAGAAUCCAAAUAAUAUUUUUAUUGGUAAUAUACACCCUAAUGUUACAUUGGAAGAACUGAAUCAGCUAUGUAAACAGUUUGGUCCGAUCCUUUCAAUAAAAUUGAUUGAGAAUAAACAAAAUAAAAACGAAUCUCCUAAUAAGAAUGACGAUAAUUCAAAUAAUAACGAGAGAGUAUUUAAAAAUUAUGGAUUCGUUUCUUUCCAAUUAGGUUCACAAGCUUCGGAUUGUAUCAAUCAACUAAAUGGGAAAGUUAUUAAAGGAUCAGCCUUAUUGGUUAAUUAUCAUGUUGAAAGGAAGGAAAGAGAAAGAUUAUUUUGGAAACAAUUUAAAACAAAUGAUUUAACAAAUAAUCCAGAUAAUUAUAAUAAUACUACUAGUUUGAAUAUGAAAAAUGAAGAUGAUGAAGGUAAGGUUAAUAAAAGGAAUAAAAGUAGCAAAAAUAAAAGUAUUAUUAUGAGUAGAUUCAAUGAAAUAGAUUAUGAGAAUGAAGACAAUAAUGAGAAUGAAUUGGAAGGUGAAAAUAAUUUCAAAUGUGUUUUCAUCGGAAAUUUACCUAGAUAUAUUCAUGAAAUAAAUAAUAAUGAUAAUGAUAACGAUAAUGAUAACGACAAUGAUAAUGACAAUGAUAAUGACAAUGAUAAUGACAAUGAUAAUGACAAUGAUAAUGACAAUGAUAAUGACAAUGAUAAAGCAAUCGAUAAUUGUAAUAAUAAGGAGAAAGAUAGUUAUCAUAUAAUCGUUACAGAGAACCAUGUGCUGGAUUUUGUAAAUGAAAUUUUGAAGAAAGAAUAUCCUGACUUUGAAAUUUUAUCUUACUACUUCCCAUUAGAAAACAAUAUUGAUCAAUCAAAGGAAGAAGAUCAAUCUUUAUUGAAAGGCUAUGGUUUUAUUAAGGUUAGAACACAUCUUUUGGCUUUGAAAUGCAUUGAGUUAUUAAAUUUGUAUGAAUGGUAUGGUAAUCAAUUGAUUGUAAACAGAGCUAUUCAAAAUAGAAUCAAUCAUCUAAAUCAUAGUAAAACUCACCAUAAUGCUGAUAAUGUUGAUAAUUGUAGAAAUUGCAGUAGUAAUAAUAAUAAAUAUACGAAUAAAAUAAAUUAUAUGGAAAAUUCAUUUUCCAGAUCAUCUAGUUUCUUGGAAUUUAUGCCACAUCAGUACAUGAACGUACCACCAUAUAGUCAAAAUAUGGUGAUGACUAAUUCAGCUUCUUCUUUGUCAACACUAUCCUCUUUUCAACCACAAAAAAUAUCAGGAGAUGAUAAUAAUGAAAGGGAAGAUCUAACUGAUGUGGAAAAAAUAAUUCAAUCGCCGGCUGUUAUAUCACCCUUGUUACAAUAUCCUUCCUUCCCUGCACAACCAGUUCCUGUAUCAAAUUUUUAUCCUUCACCUAUGACAAUUACACCAAUGUCACUACCCUUAAGCUCUUCUUAUCCUCCCAAUCUUCCAAGUCAUUUACCAAUUCCUUUGGAGUCUCAACAGGAAUCUAAUCUAUAUGUUAAGCAUCUUCCAUUAACUUGGACAGAUGAUGAUUUAUAUGCUUAUUAUGAAAAAUUUGGUAAAAUUAUAAGUGCAAAGAUAAUUACUGUAGGAGGUAGUACAAAGCAAAAUAAAUCAGAUGACGAAUCAAAUAAUUUUGGUGCUUCAAAAGGAUAUGGUUUUGUGUGUUUUCAAAAUCCUCUAGAUGCAUCUAGAGCUAUUUUGGCCACAAAUGGCACAUCUCUUGAUGAGGAUCAGGUGUUAGAAGCGUCUUUUGCCAAUAAAAAAAACAUUGAUUUUCGUAGAAAUAAUUAUGACGAUACGCAUAAUGUCGAUAAUAGCAGGUAUCCUGCUAAAAACAAGUUAAGAUAUAAUCGUAAAUUUCUCAAUGCAUUGAUGGAAGAACAAAAUUCAAAAAUGUUUUAUAAACCUCAAAUUCAGCCAUGUUCUCCUGUAGGAACCAGUCCAAUUCCAAGCAUGAUGAUGCAACCACAACAAUAUAGUUUUCCUCCAAUCAACUAUAAUUAUCCAGCAAGUGUAACUUCUCCCAUACCAACUUUUGUUCCCUUAUCUGCUUAUGGACCAGUUAAUGUCCCACCUCCUAAUCAACACUACUGUUGA